CGCUAAUGAUCCAUAUACCUAUCGUGUAGAAUUUACUUCCCUGUUUACACCAUGUAUAAUCCAAGGCUGUGGAGCAGAAGGUACUGCCACUGUCAGUGCGAAAGUGUCGCGGAAAGUGAAUGUUUUAUGCUGGUGCAUACAAGUUGAUAAUACCGUCCAUUGUAAAUAUUAAAUUAAAAAAAAAUUCGUGUGGCCUACAAGUCACCACCACCACCACCACCACCACAGAUUAUUGAAUCUUUCUCACUAUUCGGGCAAACUACUUUUUUCCAUAUUUCAAGGAAAAUGGUGUUAAAAAUGUGAAAAUGAUAAAUAAUUGAUCAAUGGCUUUAUAACGUCUCCAUGGACCAAAAUCAUUUUCGAACACAGAACAUUGGAGGGAAGGAACCAUCAAGUUUCUAUGCCAAAAGGGUAGAUCACGUGACGUAUCAUAAUCCCCACCUUGGCCUUCCAACUGCGCCGCGACUUUGAUCUGUGGUGCUUUGAUCUAUGUGGACCAAGCAAUGGGAGAGUUUCAGCUAGUUUUUACUGCUCGAAGUUACUAAUAACAAAGCCAUUAGCUUAACGAUAGCUUAUGUAAAUGCUUGUCAACUGUGUCUAGCAGACGGUUAAAAAAUAAAUUAAUAGCAAGGUCACGGUAAAAACUCAUCACUCAUUGGUGUACAUAUAUAUAUAUGAAAUUGAAUACGGAAACUAUCUCGCCCAUUCCACAAUCAGGUGGAAGAAAUCGUUCGAUAAAUUCAAGAGCAAAUGACUUCUAGAUGAUUAAGUCAAGUUCCACGUGAGAAACAAAAAUAGUAACAGGGUAAAGAAUAUUUUUCCCCAUCUCAAAACUGCAGAGAUGACACCGCGUGUCUAAAGUUUAGCAUUGGGGCGCGUGCGCGUCUUUAGCCCACAAGUUUUCCGUGUGUAUAGGUAUGCCAAUCUACGUAGUGACCGUAUGGCGCCAGUUUGAAGUAAACUCCUUCUGCGGAUGCACUCUUUGAAAUUUCAUAACUGUCAUUUAAAUAGAAUUUUCUAUUAAAUUUCAGAAAUUCUUAUAUAAAUUUCGGUAUACGAAGUGUGUUAACUAAAUAGCGCUAACGUCUUGAUCUGUUAGAGUUGGCGUGUGUGGGUGAAAAAUUUGUUCAGUACAUAAAUAUCCAAUUGUCUAUAUUUCUCAUCAUAAAAAGUCAAUGAUAGUCUAAUAGUUGUUGGAAAAUUUAAGAUGUGAGACACUGAAAAUUAGGGAGAUUUCUAUUUGUUUCGGGGAAAACUUAAAAAACAAGUGUAAAACCAUUUUAAACGACGACCAUUACCAUCUCUUUAUAGAUUGAGAAUUUAUCUAAUUAAUAGCCAUUAGCCAGAGCUACUGAUCCCCCUUUAUUCUAUUACCACCAAACAUAUACGCGCACUGAAGCAAGAAACGUAGGCGGUAUCGUGGCCUCUUUUGAUAACACCUGCGCGCUAUUCCUCGUGUCAUUCACUGAGUUGUGCAUAAAAUUAUUUUAUUGUUUUAACAAGAGUUUGUUCAUUCUCAGUCAAGUGUAUCCAUUCAUUUUCUCAAGUCAUCAUUUUUAUUUUUGUCCUCAAUGAGAGGAGAACUAAAAUCGUUAGUGGUUCUGAAAUACAAAGAGUUUUAUCUGAGACGUCAGAUAUAUCAAUGAUAAUCCGCCUAGGAACAUCGUAAGGCACUCCAAUUUUAUUGACUGAAAUAAGGGAGUUUGAGAAAAUGUAUAUCCGAGGGCGUGGAAUCUUCAGAUUGUACAAUCCCAUUUCAUUUCAAAGUCAUUACUUAAAAAUUCUUCACAAGGUGAUAAGAAAGUUAUCUAUAUUGAUUGGUCAUUUCGUUGAGAAACCAUUGGCUUAUUUAAUCGAGUUUUUUUUAAUGCCAUUCCAUCGGUUAUAGUCUAAUCGCAACUAUCAAAACUCUAUAGAAAUUUCAGCUAUUGAAAAAUUUCCGUGCGUUUCGUUAAACAAGAGUAUUGAAUACGAUGAGUGACCCGAGUGAAUGGACAUCCAGACCAGUAUCAAGGACAUAAUUAUAAAUUUCACCGCGUAAAUAAAAAAUGUUGAAGUAACAGUGUUUUUCACACUGAGCGAUCGACUGCAGCGGCGUCACACGACGCCAACCCUAUUAUCAGGAUCUGUCGUAAGAAUGAGUCCAAAGGGUCAGGGGAUUCAGGAAUCACCGAAGAUGGAGGUGAGGGUGUCCUGUGUUGCUUCACCUGGCGGUGAGCCACAAGGAGUCCGGGUAAAAAUUCCCGAACCAAAAAAAAGACCGGUUAGUCCACCCUACUGUCGGGACACGAUGCGCACAAGGUGUCCUUCUGUUCCUGAAAAGGAUUUAUACAGGAAAACAUCGUCACUCGAUCGUCGUGAAAGGUAUAUGACCUUGUCCGGUGCUGAAUUAAAACAGGGAGCUAAAACAACAGACGUAUCACCAAGGAGCAGAAGAAAUCCAAUGUUGGAUAGAAAAAAUCGCUUCCCAACAAUUUCAGGCGCUGAAUUGAGAAGAGGCCUUACCAUUGGAAAAUGUCCUCUUGAAGAUGGGCUUGAUUUAAGUCUUGCACCUUGGCCUGGUAUGAAAUGGGCCUGUGUAAGAGUUUUACAUCUUUACUGUAAGGUCUUCGAUCAGUUUGAACUUUUCGAGCUCAUUGUUAGGAAAAAUUGUACGAGCUGUAAAUGUCCAAAGGAGGCCCACGAUGUGUGUCACGAGGAGUGGGUGUCGGUACGGGCACGUUUGGGUCUCAAAGGCGAUGGGACGAACAAUUACGUUGGCUUCGAGCCACGUGAAAGAGGAUUGGCAUGGGCACCGCCGGGUCUACCACCAAACAAGGUGGAGGAGUACUUUUCAAUGUUACCAGAAAUAUCAGUACCGAGACUCGGAACACUGGGUGAACGUCACAGGGAUCGCCAGUUGUCGACCCAAUUACCAAAACAGGAUUUAGCAAGGGCGUACUGUAGACAUCUAGAACCACAGCAUUCAGCGAGUGCUGAUGAUUUUAUGGCAGCUAGAAAUGAAAUAGCACUCGACAUAGGGACUGUUCAAGAGGUAUUCGAGAGGAAUCAUGAAUGUGGAACCUGCCAUGAAUCAAUCAAGUACGGUAGCCUUGUGAUAAUGGCCAGUAAACUUGGGCAAUUUUAUCAUCCGGUUUGUUUCAAGUGUACGCAUUGUGAUGAAUUAUUGGUUGACCUGGCUUAUUGUGUUCAUGACGAUGCACUCUACUGCGAGCGACAUUACGCCGAGGAACUGAAACCAAGAUGCGCGGCAUGUGAUGAGUUAAUUUUCAGUGGAGAAUACACAAAGGCCAUGAAUAAGGAUUGGCAUAGUGGCCACUUCUGCUGCUGGCAGUGCGACGAGUCCCUCACUGGGCAACGCUAUGUACUCCGGGACGAACACCCCUAUUGCAUUAAGUGUUACGAGAGUAUUUUUGCAAAUGGUUGCGAAGAAUGCAACAAAAUCAUCGGCAUAGACUCAAAGGAUUUGUCGUACAAGGAUAAGCAUUGGCACGAGGCCUGCUUCCUCUGCCACAAGUGCAGGGUUUCCCUGGUGGACAAACAGUUUGGAAGCAAGGUCGACAAGAUCUACUGCGGCAACUGUUACGAUGCCCAAUUCGCAAGCCGUUGCGAUGGUUGCGGCGAGAUCUUCCGCGCUGGUACUAAAAAGAUGGAGUACAAGACCAGACAGUGGCACGAAAAAUGUUUCUGUUGCGUCGUAUGCAAGAACCCUAUUGGAUUAAAGAGUUUCAUCCCACGUGAACAGGAAAUUUACUGUGCUGGAUGUUACGAGGAUAAGUUUGCUACCCGGUGUGUCAAAUGCAACAAGAUUAUCACCAGUGGUGGUGUUACAUAUAAAAACGAGCCGUGGCACAGAGAUUGCUUUACUUGCACUCACUGCAACAAUUCUUUGGCUGGACAGCGAUUCACUUCCCGCGACGAUAAGCCCUACUGUGCUGAGUGCUUUGGCGAACUCUUUGCCAAGAGGUGUACCUCAUGCACCAAACCAAUUACUGGUAUCGGUGGCACUCGCUUCAUCUCAUUUGAAGACAGACACUGGCACAACGAUUGUUUCAUCUGCGCUGGAUGCAAAACCUCAUUGGUCGGACGUGGAUUUAUAACUGACGCUGAAGACAUCAUUUGUCCUGAGUGCGCCAAGGCAAAGCUCACAACCGAAUGAUUUGAUUAAUCACAAAUCAUAUGACGACUCUUAUGUAUUUUCAUGUCAUAGAUAUAAAAGAAAGUCAACAGCUUUUAAAAACAUUAUUUCAUAAUUUCGCUGCGAUUGAUAAUAUGUUUGAUCAAAUAUUCCUUAAUCAUUUUCAUCGAGAAAAAAUCAUUUAAAACUACCCCUGCAAUCGUAGCAAUAUUAGUCACUUAUAAUUUCGAUUGUCUCUAUAUCUCGUUAGAUGCACAAUGUUAAUCAUUAUUCGGUGGCAGGUCUAUUUGAUUUCAUGGCAAGUCAUAUUUUCUAAUAGAGCUAGCGUCCAUGGAAAUUGCAUUGACUAUUCGAUAUGCGAUGGAUGAAAAAUCAUAAUAAUAAUCAUUUAGCGAUAAUAUGAGAGCUCAAAUUAUCCGCAGAUGCCUUAUAUUACGAAAAUAUGACGAUAUACAUUUUGACAUCGAGAUAUAUAUAUAUUUUGUAUAUAUAUAUAUAUAUACAAAAUGUCAAUAAGAGUGAGAGGAGUUGCGUGAUGUUAUUAAUUUAAAUUUCUGAGUACUUUUGUUUCCUUAUUAGCUCUCUCUCUUUCUCUCUCUCUUUCUCUCUCUCUUUCUCUCUCUCUCUCUCUCUCUCUCUCUCUCUCUCUCUCUCUCUCUCUCUCUCUCUCUCUCUCUCUCUCUCUCUCUCUCUUUUUUUUUUCUCUCUUUCUCCCUCUCUCUUUCUUAUUUUCAUCUUAUCUUCGCUUUUUUAUAAUAGAAAAAACAUUGUAAAACCGAUUAAGACGAUAUAAUGAUAAAUAGAAUCACAUUUUCUUUGUUGUUGCGAAAAAUAUUGAGUUUUUAUAUACUGAGAGGCAGAGAAAAAGAUAAUCUCAUCAUAUUUUUUGCUCGAUGACUUAUUCGCUCAUGGACGUGCGUUUACCAUGAAAUUUUCGCAGCACAUGCUUUAUCACAUUUCAAUAAGGAAAAAUAUAAAUAAUUGUAUGAACCGUCUACCAUGUUGCGCAUUUUUAUAUCGCUCAAUUGUAUUUGAAUGCAGCCAUGAGUUUAUCCAUUAUGAUUUUUUUUUCAAUAAUGAACAGAAAUAAAAUUUGAAUAAUAUACAAUAUAUUAUUUUGAAAGAAAAUAAGUUGAAUUCCAAAAAUGGAAUGAUAGAAGUUAUGAAAAGAAUAUGGGAUUGACGAAUCGCUUCGAUGGACCGUAUUCACAAACAUGACAAUUCGAUUAGAGGAUUGAAACAAUAAAUAUCCAUUCACGCAGGAGUGAGCACGCAUCUAUCCACCGCCUUUCGUCCACUUAUUCCUCUCCUCUUAUUCCUUUAUCUACCUUAUUCCUCUCCUCUUCAUAGUACCAAUGAAAUUUGUGGCCUUAUAUAAAUUAUUAUACAAAUCCAAAUGGAACAUGAGUAAAUUGACGUUUUCCGUAAUAUUGUUGGUAUGAAAUGUUAUAUGAAUUUGUAAUACAAGUGAAUUAAUAUAAAUAUUUAACGCCAAGUAAAUGAAAUCUA